UUUCCAAACACUUUUUUCUCCGAGCCCCGCCAUUCUACUCAGUAUGCUGUGGUGGGUCCUGUCAGCACCCUGCAUCCCCCACUGCUUUUCCAAGAGAGGAAAGUGUCCUGCCUCUUCUGACCCAGGAGUCUAACUCCAAAGCCCGGAGAGGUAUAUUAAGAAGAGCUGUCUUUUCUGAAGACCAGAGGAAAGCUUUGGAGAAAAUGUUUCAGAAGCAGAAAUAUAUCAGUAAAACAGACAGGAAGAAAUUGGCCAUUAGCCUGGGUCUAAAGGAGUCUCAGGUGAAAAUUUGGUUUCAGAAUCGAAGGAUGAAGUGGCGAAACUCCAAAGAAAAAGAAGUGCUUUCAAACAGGUGCCUCCAAGAAGAAGGUCUUCAGGAGAACUACCUCUCACAAUCCACCAUGAAUUUUACCUCCCCGUGCCAAUCUGUGUGGGAAGUAUCUCAGGAGCCGGCAAGUCCAAGGUGGAGGGAGAAUUCUCCAGGAAAUUCUGAAAGACUGACUAGUACACAACCACCUACAAGAGCAGAUUCAUCACAGAGUCCACUCUAUUUGUAUCCUGACCAAGACACUGCAAAUAAGGCAGUUACAUCAUCAGCCUGAAUAAAUAGGGCCAGUUUGUAAAUUGAGUGGAGAGCAUAGGCUUCAAAUCAGCAGUCUUCUAAAAUUAACAGUAUUUGGACAUUGUAAAGCUAAGUAGUUUAUGCCUCAUAAAUUUGCUAAAGUCUAACACCAUUAAAAUGACAAACAAC